CAAGCUAGGUUGGCAAGGGUGGCCAACUUGGAUGGAUUGGUUGGGAAGGGACAAAGGUCAAAGUUGAGGUUCCUAUAGGGAGGGAAUCUUUGUGCUUAUGGGGUUUCCUUGGUUGGGGACUCUCUUGGGACCUUCCCUCUCGUCCCUCUCUUUCUAUCCCAACCUUUCUCUUGCUCCUCAAAUUCCUUGUGAGAUUCUUGAACUUUGAUUGAACCUUUGAGAUUGAGAGAAGAUGAAUGAGAGAGGAGGAGAUGCUAAUGGAAGAGGAGCUGUAGCUGAGAAGACAAGUGAGCCGCCGCCAUCAAAAGUUGAAGCUUUGGAUGGCUCCAACUAUGAGGAAUGGAGCGGACGGAUGAGGAGUGCCUUCAAACGCUACAAGCUACUGAAGAUUGCUGUUGGGGAAGAGAAGAUGCCAGAAGAAGGCGAAGCACGCGAACCGUGGAUUGAGAAAAGCGCGGUGCUUUUCGACCUCAUCCUUCAAUCGGUCAACAAGGAGAUGUUCGAGCACAUCAAGGAUCUUGUGGAAGCGGAUGAUUCGGGUCCAAGGGCGUGGAAACUACUACGCGAUGUGAUUCAGCCCAACACUCUCCCGAUGGUGAUCGUGCUCGAGAAGGAACUUGCUGCCAUCUCCAUGCGACCAGGGGACGAUGUGAAGCCGGUCCUUGACAAGAUCAAGAACACCUAUGCAAGGAUGGCAGCAGCGGGCAGCAGUGUAUCUCAGCUGCAGCAGUGCACCAAGAUCAUCUCGGUGUUGGACAACUCUUGGGACAACCUCAUCCCCACCCUCAACUCUCAGCAAGAUCAAUGGACACCUGAGUGGCUAAGGCAGCAGAUUCUGCAGGAGGACUUCCGCAGACGCCAUGUGGGAGGCGGUGCUGCCACUAAGACUGCUGAGGGGUAUGGAGCUGCAGGGCGCGGCAAAGGAAGAGGGGGUUGGAAAGGCCGAGGCCGUGGGAGAAGCUUUGGCAGAGGUAGAGGCCGAGGUGACUAUAAUGAGGGGCAUGGGAGCUCCAGUGGCAGGGGGAGUACCAGAAUGGAGGGCACCUGCUGGUACUGCAAGAAGGUCGGGCAUCCUUGGUUCAAGUGCUUCAGCAGGCUGGAGGGAUGGUCACCUCCAGGCAUGAAGCCGCCAAGUGGUGAACGCGCACAAGGUGGCGCUGUGCAAGGCUCAGGUGCACAAGGUGAAGGUGCACAAGGUAACGCCUAUCCUGGGAUGUAUCUCAUGGUUGAGGAUGUGCAUGGGCAUGAGGGUGAUGUGGGAUCUGUGGGAAAGGUUGUGAUGCACCCUCUCACGCACUGGGUGAUUGAUUCAGGUUGCACCAGUCACAUGACCCCACGGGCAGAUUUGCUUGAUGAGGUAAAACCCCCUGGGAAGAUUAAGUAUGUGGCAGCAGCGUCAGGUGCUUUGCUCCCCGUGAUUGGUGUUGGAAAUGCCAAGGUUAAGGGAGCUAAUGGGGAGCUUGUGGGGCUUGGGAAUGUUCUGCUAGUUGAAGGUUUGUCUGCUAACCUUCUCUCUGUGCGGCGACUGCAGAAGAGUAAGGCCGAAGUGACCUUUGGACCAACCAGCUGCCGUGCUAAGCUUGGGAAGAAGGUGCUGUGGAGUCUGGAAGAGGAGACCAGCUGCAUCAAGGACCUGUGGCAGCUGCCCAUCAUCCCUUGGAAUGGGAAGACUCCAACAGCAGCAACGGCAGCAGCGGCAAAGGCAACAGCAGGAGGAGAUGCAACUGCACCAAUUGAUGGGGUCCUGGAAGCAGUCAAGAAAGUGCAGCAGCAGCAGACACAUAGUGAGGUGCUUGCUGGUGUGGAUACGAGUGCGGCAUGGGCUAAGGCUUCAUCAAGGAGUGGAGAGGCCGAUUGGGAGACAUGGCAUGAGAGGCUGUGUCAUGUGAACUUUCCUAUGCUACAGAAGUUGGUGAAGGAUGGGAGCCUGAAGGGCUUGGAGGUGAAAGGGGGAGUGAAGGAGAUUGGGAGCUGCCCUACAUGCUUGGAGACCAAGUUCUCCAAGUUCCCCUUCAACAGCACUACAGGACCAGCCAAGACCCCACUUGCACUUGUGCACAUGGAUGUGGUGGGGCCCACAAGAGCCCCUUCCCUCUCAGGCAGCCGCUAUUUCUUGACAAUUGGACAAAGGUCAAAGUUGAGGUUCCUAUAGGGAGGGAAUCUUUGUGCUUAUGGGGUUUCCUUGGUUGGGGACUCUCUUGGGACCUUCCCUCUCGUCCCUCUCUUUCUAUCCCAACCUUUCUCUUGCUCCUCAAAUUCCUUGUGAGAUUCUUGAACUUUGAUUGAACCUUUGAGAUUGAGUUAAGUUCUCCUCCUAC